AUGAGAGGAUCCAGAAAUAGAGAGGAAUCUCAAAAUUCAAGUGCUGAUGGCGAUGAUGCCAGUCUUCUUAAGAGAUUAAAGAUCGGACAUGAAGACCUUUCGCCUUUUAAACCAGGCGCCAUUGUGAAGUUGCGCCUCAAAAACUUUGUUACAUACGCAUUGGGUGAGUUUUGUCUUUCUCCAUCGUUGAAUAUGGUGGUGGGUCCGAAUGGCUCAGGGAAAUCAACUUUUGUCUGCGGAGUGUGUUUAGGGCUAGCAGGCAAGCCAGAGUAUAUUGGGCGAAGCAAGAAAGUGGAGGAUUUCAUCAAAAACGGUGAAACAUCAAGCAUCAUCGAGACGACGCUGAAAGUGGGUCCCGAGGAGCAAUUCAAGGAAUACGCAAACCAAGAUCUCACGACCAAAAUCACGCGUGUGAUAACGCGGAACGUAAAGAAGUCGACAUAUUUCUUGAAUGACCGACCGGUCGAAGAAUCCGUGAUUAAAAGACUGGUGUCAGAUCUCAACAUCCAGUUGGACAAUCUCUGCCAAUUCUUGUCGCAAGAGCGAGUUCAAGACUUUUCUAAACUACGAUCAGAUAAGCUUCUCGUCGAGACUAUACGAUCUGUAGAUGUCAAGAUGGUGGAAAUCUUUGAAGACCUGAAAAAUCUGCAAAGCGAAGAGAUCGACCGGGCUAAAGAACUUUCGAUAAAGGAAUCUCGCUAUACAGAGCUCAAUGCCAAUCGGGAAAGCCUCGAAGCAUCUGUGCGUACUCUGGAGAGUUUUAGACAGAAGAAAAGAGAUCUAGCCAUACAUGAGAAGCUUUUACCGUACGCCAAGGUGAAGGAUCAUAAGCAGAGAAUUCAGGUUUAUAAAAAAAAUUGCGAAACCGCUAAACUUCAACUCAGGUCACUCCUUUCCGACAAAAAACCCUUCAAAAACACCCUUGAAAGAGUUCAAAAAGAGUGCGAAGGAAAGCUGCUGUCGAAAAGCAAGUUGGAGUGCAAUUUCAAGAAUACAAAGGAAAUUUAUUCUACGUAUGUCGAGCGGCUAAACCAGUUUGAGGUUGAUAUCAAGCGUUCACAGGAAGCCAUUAAACAUUACGAAGGUCAUACCGGUCGUAUCCGGAAGAAAAUUGAAGAAACAAAGCAACAUUUGCGCGAGCAAGAACAGCUUCUUACCAGUCUGAAAGAGCCGGAUGAAAAUGAAUUGGAACACAUCACGAUGCAGAGAACUAAUGUCAGUCAAGCUAUCGUUGACAUCAAUGUCAAAUUGAGGGAGUUGAGUUCUGAAGCUGCGAAUGUCAGGCUCAAAAUUAGUUCUCUUAAGACAAGUACAGAGGACAAAAUGAAAAGUUUGAAAUCCGAUGAUAAAAUCAAAGUUUUCGAAGGCAAGGGGCCAAAUUUCAAUGACAUACGAAAUGCUGUGAUGUACGUGCGCAGUAAACCCGAGAUGGCUGGCAGAGUUCUCGAGCCCCCCGUUAUGACUGUAUCUGCGAAGCAGCCCCAGUAUGCAAAUUAUAUUUGGAACUGCGUCGGGCACGCGACUUCCGUGGCGCUUACAAUGGUUGAUGCAGAAGCAUAUGAUCAAUUCAACAACGAGAUUUUGAGGGAGUAUGGGGUUAAUUUGAGGCAGUUGACCACUCAAGAGCUGCGAUCACCGUAUUCACUUUCACAAUUGAAACAAAUGGGAUUUGAUGGAUAUCUCUCGGAUUUACUAUCAGGAGAUAGUCGGGUCAUAAAAAUGUUGUGCCAGGUAAGCAAGCUACACACAGUUCCCUACUCAUUGAACCCUUUAAGUGCUAAGCAACGCGCCUGGAUUAGUAGGCCAAAUGUGAAGGGGGAUCCCACGUUCCGUAAGUUUUAUGUCGGCAAUGAGUGUUUCGAUUAUGGUAGAUCACAUCAUGGCGAUAAAUCGAUUUAUUCCAACAAUAGUUUUGUCAAGAAUCAAUCGUUUUAUAAGGGAACCUCAUUGUCGGAUGAGAGAAGGAAUGAGAUACUUGGCCAAAUCACCCUUCUGCAGGAAGACACAAGAAAUAAUGAGUUGAAGCUUGAUCAAAUCUUGACAGAGAUUAGGGAAUCGAAAGAAGAGUGUGAACUGAAAAAGGGAGUUGAUCAGUCUUUGCGAAAAAAGGCCUCGCACAUUAGUGGUCAGAGAACCGCAAUCACCAGAACAAAGCAUAUCAUUAAAACGCUUCAAGAAAAAGUCGAAAGCCUCACGAGAGAAUCUACUAGAGAUGUUGCAGCAAAGAUCAAGACUUGUCAAAAGAAUAUUAAGAAAAGCACUGAGGACAGAAUCGAGUGCUUGGCAGAAAUUGUUACGUUUCUCCGUGACUUGCAAAACAUCGAAGAUGAAGUAAUGGCUGCUACUGUCGCCUAUAUUGAGGCUUUCAACAGCGAGCGGUCCAUGAACGACGUGAUUGGGUUUUUCAACGAGAAAGAAAGUAAGUUACAAGAAGAAUACGAGGAAGCGAAAAGGAAUUACGCAUCAAUGAAAGAGACGCCCGAGUACCAGAGCUGGUUGGGAGCAAUCAGACGGUAUUCGACUUCGGAAAAACAACAACUGGCAGCUUUGGCAGAAGAAUAUCAAAGUUCCGACAACUUCAACUUGGCAUUCGUCCUUCAGGUCAUCAACAGAUUAAGGUCGGAAAUUGCCAUGGUCAACGAAGAUGAAUCUGUACUUGAAAUUUUACGCCGAACUGAAAGCGAACUCUCAGUGCUCAACAACAGUAUCCCACAACUGCGGACCAGCUUGGCUGAUCUGCGCUCUCAAAUACAGGAGAAGCACAGCCUGCUAGAACCAUUUUUGGACAGCAUCGUACACAAACUUUCAAGUAAUUUCUCUGAGUUAUUCAAGAACGCAGGGAGUGCUGGAGCGGUACAAUUAGAGAGACCGACGCUUUACAGUGACUGGCAAAUGAACAUCAUGGUCAAAUUUCGGGAUAAUGCUCCGCUCAAGAAGCUGGACUUCCACACUCAAUCGGGUGGAGAAAAGGCGGUUUCGACAGUACUUUACAUGGUUGCGCUUCAGGAGUUCACUUCUGCUCCCUUUAGAAUUGUAGACGAGAUCAAUCAAGGUAUGGAUUCCAAAAACGAGCGAAUUGUGCAUAAGGCCAUUGUUCAGAAUGCCUGUGUGGAAAACACGUCACAGUACAUUCUCAUCACGCCGAAAUUGUUGACAAACUUAUAUUACCACGAGAAUGUCAGGAUCCACUGUGUCAUGGCCGGUGCUUGGAUGCCAAAUCCUAGUGCUGAACCAUAUAGAGUUCAUUUUGGACGAUCCUCAGCCUACGUUUUCUAG